CGCCCCGAUCUCCGGGAUGCAGCCAGGGGCUACUCGACGGCUCCAUAGACUGUACAUAUACGGACGGCUCCCGUGGAAACCCGGGGUCACCCUUUCAGAAACCUCAAGUUGAUAAACAGCGCCCUCUGCUGUCCAAAUGUAUUAGCACGCUAACUCAAUUAGCAUUAGCGCUAGCAUCACUUCCAUUUUGUUUAGCUUUGCAAAGCUAACAGUGGGCAGAGAUGGGCGACGGUGACGAGCCGGGCUUAGUCCUUUCUCACAGCACCUCUUCGAGCUCCAAGUCGGGUGGCGACAAGAUGUUUUCCCUGAAGAAGUGGAAUGCGGUGGCUAUGUGGAGCUGGGACGUUGAGUGCGACACUUGUGCCAUUUGUCGGGUUCAAGUGAUGGACGCAUGUCUCCGAUGUCAGGCGGAAAAUAAACAAGAGGACUGUGUUGUUGUGUGGGGAGAGUGCAACCAUUCCUUUCAUAACUGCUGCAUGUCGCUUUGGGUGAAGCAGAACAACCGCUGUCCGCUCUGUCAGCAGGACUGGGUGGUUCAGAGAAUCGGCAAAUGAGCUUCACAUCUAUGUGGACUGUACAUUUGUGCACCCAAAGGUGGUGAGAGGAAAUUAUCAAUGAUCCCAGCUACGUCCUGUGCUGUCCUCUUCCUUCUGGUUGCAUGUUUCCUGGUGUCAAAGGAGGAAAACGGACAUGGUUAAAGUUGCACAGAUUGGUCGCUGAAGGGAUCUGGAGCCGAGAAGAGACAAGUGAAAUGUAUUUAAGUGUCACCUGUUAGCUUUGUGUAGUUUUUGGCACAUCUUAAAUGUGUGGUUUCUUUAUAAAAAAUAAAUGGUUUGUGAAAUA